AUGCUGGUAGAUCAUCCUCAACGGAUAUCGCACACACUCCAAUCUGAGGAAAAUCUCAUGUCCGACUUCACCGAAUUCAUGCAUUACCGCGUCCUGGACUUCAAAUACAGCACCCUUCGCAACCUGGACCUCAGCGAAAAGCUGCUUGAAAUGAGCGGCGAUCAGGUUCCGUUGCGCAACGUCUGCGCAAAGCUCUCCGCUGAGCUCGCUGAUCGGAUUGAUCAGACCGUAUCGGUCCUGGGCAUCAGUAAGCGUCUCUUCAUCGAACGCGCUUUGAUCGAGGCCCUCGAUCAGGUGGACGUGAUCAUGGAAGCGCAUGAGGUUCACGAAGAGAUGGAGAGCAUCGCCGAGCAGCACGAGAAAACUGGGGAGGUGAAAAUUGGCUGAUCCCAUGUUCACCCUCUGCGGCCAAGUAGCCAACGUGUUCGUCCAGCCGGGCGGCACUUCGAAGAAAACGGGCGAGGCGUUCGAUCCUCGCGACAAGGUGCAGAUCCUUGGUCAGCUGCCCCUUUCUACAGGCGGGCACAAGCUGGAACUGGUCACCCUCAACGUUGAGGACGCGCGACUGUUCCAGGCUGCGAUGAACAAGAUGAUUCGCGUCCCGGUAGGGGUUUAUGCCCUGGGCAAGUCGGUGGGGUACUUCAUCCCGCAAGGCGCGAAGCCGCAGCUAGUCGCUGUUUCUUAA